AUGCAACAGAGGUGCAUGCAACGUAGGUUGAGCCCAUUCGAUUGGCGGCGGGGCAUCAGCAGCAGCGGAACCGGCGGCACCAUGGCAGCCCAGCCAUUGAGCAGCACGGCGGCAACAACUGCGGCGGCAACGGGAGCAACUGCGACAACUGCAGCAACGGCAGCAACCACAUCGGCGACCUUGAGCACAGCCGCUGCUUCCACCUCGACCACGGCAGCCCCAUCCGCGGGAGCCACGUGGAUGAACCACCACCUGGCGGUGGAAGCGGACGGCUCUCAUCCGGCGAACGGCAGCGAUGCGCAGGCGGGCGUUGAGGGCCCCACAAUGCCAGCCGGCUACAUGCCGCUCUACGAGGAUGUGGAAACAGCGGCGGAGGACGCCGGCUACGCGCUGAUCGACGACAUCAGCGAGUGGCUCUUGGGUUCGGUGGGCGGUGAGGCGGCAGUGGGCGGGCCCGAGAACAGCACGAACUUGGCGGUGACGGGCGCCAACGGAACCCUGGCCUGGCUGGAGGCACUGAACAGCACGCAGCCAGCCCAGAGCAACUCCAGUACGGAGGACGGUGAGCGGGGGCGGUACUCGCUGCGCAGCUUUGUGGAGCAACAGCUGGCGGGCGGAGGGGCAGCGGGAGCGGGCGACGGCGGCGAUGCUGGCAUCGCGCUGAUCGACAGCGGGGAGGAGGCGGCCCUGGACAAUGUGGCGGAUGCGGAGACGGACUACGGCAUGCUGGGCGGCUUCGGGGAUGCGGAACUGCUCCAGCGGACAGCAACGGCGGCGCGCGAGUCGCUGGGCAAUCGAACUUCGCCCUCGACGACCAAUUACGAUGGAGGCGGCUCUGCGGACGUGGGCGUGGCUGGCGGACUGGCCGGCACGGCGGGCGGGGGUGCAGGCGGCGCAGGAGGAUCAGGGGGCAGCACCUUCAUGCUGCUGCUCGAAAACUUUAACGAUUAUUUUCCCAACUACAAUGGGAGCACGGUUUCGGGAACAAGCACCAUUGCGCCGGGAGUGGUUAUCCCGGGGAGCAGGGGCAGCGGACUGCUCCUCGAGCAGAACCUGACGGGACUGUACCUCGACGGCUACCGCCUGAACUGCACCAACGAGACGCUCAACCUGACCGACUCCUGCGGAGAGCUGAGAGUGGUGGACCACAACUACUGGGCGCUCAUCCUGAUCCUGUUCCCCAUCCUGACCCUCUUCGGUAACAUCCUGGUCAUCCUGUCCGUGUGCCGCGAGCGCUCCCUGCAGACGGUCACGAAUUAUUUUAUAGUCUCGUUGGCCAUCGCCGAUCUCCUGGUCGCCGUGGUCGUGAUGCCAUUUGCUGUCUACUUUCUGGUAAAUGGAGCCUGGGCCCUGCCUGACGUCGUUUGUGAUUUCUAUAUAGCCAUGGAUGUGAUAUGCUCUACUUCAUCGAUAUUCAACUUAGUUGCCAUCUCCAUAGACAGAUACAUCGCUGUGACACAGCCAAUAAAGUACGCCAAGCACAAAAAUAGCCGCCGCGUUUGCCUUACGAUACUGCUGGUGUGGGCCAUAUCGGCUGCCAUCGGAUCGCCGAUAGUUCUGGGCCUCAACAACACGCCCAACCGCGAGCCCGAUGUAUGCGCCUUCUACAACGCCGACUUCAUACUCUACUCUUCGCUGAGCAGCUUCUACAUACCCUGCAUCAUCAUGGUGUUUCUCUACUGGAACAUUUUCAAGGCGCUGAGGAGUCGGGCGCGGAAGCAGCGGGCGGCCCGCAAGCCCCACCUAUCGGAACUCACGGGCGGCAGCGUCAUCGAGAACAUUGCCCAGACCCGGCGCCUGGCGGAGACGGCCCUGGACAGCAGUCGCCAUGCCAGCAGGAUCCUGCCGGACGAGGCCGCCACCAACACGGCCAGUGGCUCCAACGAGGAGGAGGACGAGAACGCCAUCUCGCCGGACAUCGACGACUGCCACGUCAUCGUGAACGACAAGUCCACCGAGUUCAUGCUGGCCACCGUUGUCGAGGAGACGGGCAACAGCGUUGUGGCCCAAAUCACCACACAGCCCCAGCUGGUCGUCGCCGAUCCGAAUGGCGUGGCGCCCGCCUCCGCCUCGGCCGCCACAUCCGGCGCUCCGCGGAGCAGCGGCUCGCCGCCGGACAGUCCGCUGCCCAGUGGCGCCACCCUCCAGCGGUCAAGCGUCAGCAGCCAGCGGCGCCCCACCGGCGACGACUCGCCGAAGCGCGGCGAACCCGCCCUCAGGUCAGUCGGUGUCGAUAACUCCAGCGUCGCCAUGAAGCCAUUGUCCUUUGUGCGGUACGGAGUGCAGGAGGCCAUGACUUUGGCACGCAACGACUCGACGCUAUCGACUACAUCGAAAACGUCCUCGCGCAAGGAUAAGAAGAACUCGCAGGCGUCAAGAUUCACGAUAUACAAGGUGCACAAGGCCUCGAAAAAGAAACGCGAAAAAUCGUCGGCCAAAAAGGAGCGCAAGGCCACCAAAACAUUGGCCAUUGUUUUGGGUGUCUUCCUGUUCUGCUGGCUGCCGUUCUUCAGCUGCAACAUCAUGGACGCCAUGUGCGCCAAGUUCAAGAAAGACUGCCGACCUGGGCUCACCGCCUACAUGAUGACCACCUGGCUGGGCUACAUCAACAGCUUCGUGAACCCGGUGAUCUACACGAUAUUCAAUCCCGAGUUUCGCAAGGCCUUCAAGAAGAUCAUGCACAUGGGGUGAUUAUCAACGGCGAGCACGUCACCAGCAAUAGUCAUAGCAAUAGCCAAUUGGAUGAUGGGUCCCUUGUGGAACGGAUCGUGCCCGGGAGUGGAUGGCAAAGUGUGCCAAAUGGAGGCCAUCGAUGCAGCAGAGAUCUCAAUUGGGCUCUAGUUUCGUUUCGUUUGUCGUUCGUUGCGUUUCCCAAUAGCUUUAAGGUUCAGCUACUUAUGUAAAUAGAUCUGUACAUACCACUAAACUACAAUACAUACAUAUAUGCUAUGUGGAGCAUGGAGCGUGGAUAGCGAGCUGUAGGCUAGGUACAAUUUUUAACAAUUACAUUAAACUAACCCCAAGUAGCGAUAUAAUCAACACACAGCAAGCACGCGAUUAUGAUUCCAAAGUAGCCGUAAGCAAAACGCCACGGAUACGAUUCGCUUUACCAGGAUAGAGUAGUGUCCUUCAAAGUGGGCUGCUCCCACAACCUAUCACAUAUCACGAGCAGCAAGCUUUUCCUCCUCCCACCCAAAAAAACCAAAACCCACGGCACACAGAACCCCCCUUCCGAUUCCCCCAGUACGAUUAGGUAAGCGAGUGUAAAGAAAUUCAUAUCCUUAGAGGCCGGAUUGUUCCACAGCGACACGAGGUGUCGGUACCUAGAGUUAGUUAGCUAAAUCGCGGAUAGAUCGCACUUAAAUCGGAUACAGUAGCUAGCGGGCCUCGAGGUCGGCGCCCUCCACCACAGACACAUCACAUACGAAUGUUCCAAGUUAGUUGGCUGACCGCCCAUCCACACGGAUGGAGCAUCCCCAUUGAUGGGCCAUGGACGUAACCACAACCAUCGGCGACAGAAUUGCACCCAACUUAACAGGGUAACACGCACACACACACGAACAGACGCAAUGAAUCAAAUGAGCCCCACAAAUGAAUACGAUAUCGAGGGGCGCCGACCUCGAUGAAAGUCCCGCUUAGAGGUCACUUUCAGUUCGACUUUCGGUUUGACAUACAGUCUCGUACAGGAUAUACACGUAUAUACUAUAUAGAAGCAUUUAAGAUCCAGAGGUCGUACCUAGGCUAGUCACUUGAUCUAGAUCGAAUAUACUCACCACCCAUAUAUGUAUAUGCGUAUAUAUAAAUCAGUUAGUACCAAGGGGAGCCGGGAUGCAUAGCAGGGAGUAGGGGGAGAAUCAGGGUAUCUAGAGCAAAGGCUAUCGCAUUGCUGGAAGCAAUACGAGGGUUAUCUUAGCAGAUAGAGUAGCAAAUAUCGGUGUAAGCGUACGUGUAUAGUGGAAUAUCAAAACUGAGUUUUGAAACACGGACCGAAGCCUGUGUCCUGCCGCAAAUGAGAGCCGGACUUGGGUGCACAGAGGCAUGGCCCCGGGCAAUCCAAGCCGAUCUUGGCAUGCCGGCAGGACUAUAGCCGUUUGGUCCCUGAUUUCAACAGCCGUCCUUUUAACUGUUUCUAUGUGACAAAUAAUUGAUAGGUAAUUACUCGAACGUGUGUAGUAGUUUAUAAAACGAUUCGAUUUAUUGUGUACCUAGGCGUAAGCAGUGCCCCGGCUCAAAUUUCCAUGAAACCCCGUAGGAAACUCGCGGAAAAGCUCAACGGUUUUUAUACUUUCCUAAGAACUCCACUACCACAUACGCGUUAACUUCAGUGUGUGUGUGUUUGAGUCUGUUUGUGUGGGUGUGUGUGUGAGUGGGUGAUUGGAUGGGUUUUUUUUUCGAAAGGAUAACACUCUAGGCGAUAGGACUAGACUAAGACUAUGGAAACAGUUCAACUUUCAGAUCAGUGCGAAAUGCUCCUAAGUUAAGUUCUUCCAAAGAAAACGCUUAUUAAUUAUAGCUAAUUGGUAAAUUUGCAAUUCGAACUAACUAUUUAUACACACCACACAUUAAUGUUAAUUUAUCAGAAUUGUAGCCUGAGUUUUGGAGUCGUUGAAUUGUUGUCUGUUAUCGUUACGUUGUGAAUGGGAUAUAGCAUACAUAUAGGGUCCCCGAGAUCUCUCUACCAAUAAAGCAUAUAUACGAGUUUGUAAGAUAACUGGGGUGUAAGCGGAAAUGCAGAAACUGAGAUGAAAAUGAGAACAAUUUUAAAGAGAGGCGAGAAUCGGUUUUUUUUUCUAGAAAAUUAUGAGAAUUAUUAACUAAAUGAAGCGUAGGCUAAGCUCUCAGAAAAGCAAACUAUUUCAAAAAUAAUUAUCAUAGCUUACGGAAAUAAUAAUAGCGAAUAACAACAAUAAACUAAUGGUACAGAAUAGUAUGCGUCAGCAUAAGAAUACAUCAAAUAAAUAAAGCAAAACUGAAAAUAUUUCAAGGCAAAA